AUGCAAUCAAUCGACCCCCGAAGCGGCGAAAGCAAUAGACAAGGAGCUUUUGGAACGCUAGCAAAAGCUACGGACCCUUUCUCGAGACCCGCGGAACCUCCUUUAAUGCUACCGAACGACCCAAGCACUCGGAAUACCUUCGAAGCACUAAACGAAGACACGUCGGACCUCGACGCUAUUGCGCGAGACCUCGAUGAUCUACGCAAUUUAACAAUUACGAAGGACGUGCAACAACGUAAAGAGAGAAUCGAAGAAGCUAUAAAGCACAAAGAGGAGCUCGAGGCAGUUAAAGCAGCAAGGCAAUCAUCAAAGCGCAGUUCUCGCAGUUUUCGCGAAUCUCUUCCGUCUCCCGUCCCUUUAUUACUUCAGUCAGCGAUUUUAUCACUUAAAGAAUGCGCUAAAAAGCAGCAAGACGAGGUUCCGAGCAACUCUUAUCAAAGACAACGUAAAGAUCUUCGAUUUGGAUACGAGCAGAAAAGAGAGCAAGCUCUUGCUAGCGACCUUAGCGAUCCAAAUAGCUCGGACGGUGAUCCAAAAAGAAAGAAUAGAGAAGGAAACGAGUGGGAUAGGCACGGAAGAAAAGAAAGAGGACACGGUGGCCCGACAAAAGGACAAGGAAAUGAGCCGCUAAAGGACCCUGGACGAGGAUACGAACCCCCCGGCGGACCUAGGCUAAACCGACCCCCUACCAGCACUCCUUUUUCGACCCGAGUGCUAGCCAGGCACACCUACGGCACCCUAGCCCUUGACGAUGACGACGAUUUUCUUAAGCUCGGAACGGCGGACCCACACUCGAGGGCGAAAGAGUUAGCUUUAUUUGCAAAGAGUUUUUUUAAGGAAUUAAAAUAUUCAAGUCUUAAGAACGACUUUAAUAUUCGGCUCAAGAUUUUUGCCGAUCACGCGUACCGAUACGGGUUGACAACUGACGAUUACUUGGCUGCUUUCCUUAUUAUGCUAGCAAGGGAGGCAAUUGGGGAAAACCUAAGGAACUCGCUUAGCGAGUGCUUCGAAAAACUCGCUAAAGAGCUCAAAGGCAUUCAGAGCUCGCUACGACCAAGUCUGAAGGACGAUAAGAGUCUCGCCGACAAGCUGUAUUCACUAGCUAAAAGCGAGCUGUUCACGUCGCGUAGCGAUAAGAAUCAAGGCCGGACCGAGAAUUCCUUCGAGAGCGCAUUACGCUAUCUUAAAGUCUUAAUCCUAUGA